CACAUCUAAGGGAGUAAUGUUACGUGUUAAAAGUGACGCUACUGCCGGCAUUGUUGCAACUAAAGGACAGAUGGAAAAAGGCAAAGUGCUUCUUUCACUAUUAAUUGUCUUAAGUAUUAUUGGCAUUCUAGUUUUAGUGUACAUGAUCGGUGAUGCAUAUUACAUACAAGCUCCUACAGCAAUAAAAGCUCCUCUGUCAAAUAAUAAAUUCAAAAUCCUGGAAGCUUCAUAUCCAAUAACACCCAUUAGAGACUCGGAGCAUUUCAUGGUGUCUGCGUUUAUCGACCACAGACUGAAUGGGUUCAUUCGAGUCAUCAGCAUAAUCAACAGAAACUGUCUUCAGCCGCUUUACUGUGUUUACUGCAAUGCUGAAAAAGUCUGCAAAACUGUUCACACUAAGGUCCAGAUACACAGCGACCAUUUUGGCUUCCCGUAUGGUGCCUCCGAUGUGAUUUGUACAGGUAAACCCAUGACUGAUGCAACUCAUGUCCUCAUAACUGUCAAGAACGAUUCAGCUGACCUCAAAAUGGAAUAUCUGCCAAUAAAAAAUAAGGCUGUACAAGAGACUUUCAAGUUUAACUUCACCGUUUGCAUUUCUAACCUUUUUGGUGACUACAACAAUGUACUGCAGUUUGCUCAAACGAUGGAGAUGUACAAGCUUCUGGGAGUACAGCAUGUGGUCAUCUAUAACACUAGUAGUGGACCAGACUUGGAAAAGCUCUUAAAACAUUAUGAAAUGGAGGGGAUACUGGAGAUCGUUCCAUGGCCUAUCGACCAGUUUCUGAACCCUUCUUCAGGCUGGAACAUCAAGCUACACAAGGGAGACAUUCAGUAUUAUGGUCAGUUAGUAACACUCAAUGAGUGCAUUUACAGGCACAUGUACCAGUCAAAGUACGUUCUCCUGAAUGACAUUGAUGAAAUCAUCAUGCCUUACAAACAUGCCACUUUACAAUCUUUAAUGGAGGAUCUCCAGUCUGCUCAUCCCAGUAUAGGAGUGUUCCUCAUAGAGAACCACAUAUUCCCUAAAACACAGUUUGAGGAGAGUGGGAAGUUCAAACGAGCAGAAUGGAAUAAUAUCCCAGGUGUCAAUAUCAUGGAGCAUAUCUAUAGAGAACCAAGUCGAAAAAAUAUUUACAAUCCCACAAAGAUGAUUGUCAACCCAAGGAAGGUGCAGCAAACUUCAGUACACUCCCCUUUGAAACACUUUAGAGGCAGUGUUCUUGUACCGUUUAAUGUAUGUAGGAUUGUACACGUGAGAGUCCCACUGCAGGGGAGUCUUACCAAAGAGCAACUUGUUGUAGACAAAAGAGUCUGGGACUUUGAGCAAGAACUGAUACACAACAUUGACCACACUUUGAAACUUUCUGGCUUCUUGAAGGCUUCUGUUUGAUAUCGUUGUAUAGCAUUAAUAAAAGUAUGCAAAUAUAGACAACUAUAUUUAAAACAUUUUUUUAAACUUGAACACAUUCGUUAAAAUAAUAAUGCAUUUGAGUUGUUGCCACCGGCUCAACUGUCAAAUAAAAUGCUCUUUAAAAAAAUAAAUAAAACCAUUAACAAAUGAGAAAGCAUUGGUAUUUGUCAAAUAUCAUCAAGCCAAUAGUUUAUGCAUAAUUAAUGCAUAAGUAGGGGAGACCAGGUAUAGUUGUAAUACGGGGAGAGUUGUACAAUACCAAUUCCACGAACCAGAGAUAAGAUAGGAGUCAUGUGACAUUGUCAGUUUCCUCAGGCUUCCUUUACAAUCUCACAUGGAGGUUUUCCAGUCUGUGUUGCUAUCUUUCCUGAAGCUACAGCAGAAAAUCUAAUUCUGAGGCAAGAAAGUAAAAAAAAAA